AUGAGUCAAUUUAAUACAGAAUUACAAAUGGUCAGCAAGACCAUUAAAGCUUAUGUAGCAUCAACAGGAACCCUUUCAAAUAGAGUACUUUCAUCCACUAAUAGAAUAUUUGAAACCUCUACAACAAAAGUAGAGACUGGUAGAAAUUAUACUCAAUACAAUUUAAAGAGCUAUCCAUAUUAUCAUGCAACCAAGGUUGGCGAAGAGUUAAAGAAUCAAAAAGAAUUUAAAUACCAAGUAGCUUCAUCUCAUGGCCACAAUGGCGAUGCUCCAGGUAUAAAAACAGAUUACUUUAAACAUAGAAAGUACCAUAAAAAGAACGAGUAUAAACAUGGUGAAAACUUUGACAACAAACCAAUUUAUCAACACAUUCUUAAGCGUAAUGAAGUUAAAACGGUAAGUGAGCUUAAAGAAGAUUAUAAUAGAAUGGUAGAAGAAAGUAAAAAGAACUCACCAAAAUCAGAACAAAGGGAAACCCAAGAAAAAAUGAAAGAUUUUUCAUUAGGCGUAGAUUAA